AUGACUGCUGAUACUACAUCCUUCGACUAUGUAAUCGUCGGAGGCGGUACCGCCGGUCUCGUGGUGGCCGCUCGUCUCUCAGAAAACCCGGACUAUCGGGUCCUCGUGCUCGAGGCGGGCGUGGACAACAGCGCCGACCCGCGCGUCCAUAUCCCGGCUUUGUACAGCGCUCUGGCGUACACGGACGCCGAUUGGGGUUUCUCUACCGAACCGCAGCCCGGACUCAACGGGCGACAGAUUCCUGUCAACCAGGGCAAGGCGCUGGGCGGGUCAAGCUCCAUCAAUGCGCGCGUUUUUGUCCCGCCGACCAAGACCCUAGUGGACGCCUGGGAGACGUUGGGCAACCAGGGCUGGACCUGGGACGCGCUACGGCCCUACCUCGCCAGGGCGUACACGUCCCCGGAGGUUGAUAAAAGCCUCGAGAAGGCCAUGGGCAUCGGCGAGUGGACCAGCCGUGAAAACGAUACUCCCCGCGGCCCCAUCCAGACGUCCUUCCCCGGCUCCGCGUCGCAUCCUAUCCGAGAGGCCUGGGCAGAGACUUUCAAGAUGAACGGUCUCGCCAUGGCCCACGAUCCCUUUCUCGAAUCAUCGGUAGGAGGUUUUAGCUGCCUGGCCAGUAUCGACCCGGCGACAAAAGAGAGGAGCAACGCAACCACGGCGUACUAUCACCCGAACAAGAAUCGCGAAAACCUCUGUGUCCUCACCAGCGCUCGCGUGAUGAAGAUCGACUUCGACAUGGCCCUUCCGCCCGCACCUAUCCGAGCCACCGCGGUCCAGUACGAGCAGGAUGGCGAGCUCCGGACGGUUGCUGUGGCGAAAGAAGUGAUCCUCGCAGCAGGCGCCUUUCAGUCCCCCAAGGUCCUCGAGCUAUCCGGUAUCGGUGACGCACAGCUGCUCGCGCAGCACGGAAUCGACGUCGUCCAGGACCUCCCCGGCGUAGGUGAGAACCUGCAGGACCACGUCGUCAGCAGCAUCAGCUACCGGGCGCGAGAUGACCUGGAGACUCUUGACGCACUAGCGCGGCAGGAGCCGGACGCCAUCGGCCAGGCCAUGCAACAGUACACGUCGAACCGGUCCGGGCCGCUCACCUCAGUCGGGGUAUACACGUACGCCUACCUGUCCUUGCCAGCCCAAGACCAACAGCAGCUCCGCGAGCUUCUGGGGAGCAAUCCGCCCCCGGACGAGAGCAGUAGCAGCAGCAGCAGCAGCGGCAGCCAGCCGCCGCUCGCGCGCGCGCUGCACGACAUCGGCGAGAAGAUGCUUCUAGACCCCCAGACGCCGUCGGGGGCCUACCUCAGCAUCAUGUCGCAGGCGCCCCGCCCGGACGUUCCCAACUCCGGGUAUCCCGCAGACCCGGCAGUACCGGGAAAGUUCUUCACCAUCGCCGCCAUGCUGUCGCACCCAUUCUCGCGCGGCAGCGUGCACAUCCAGUCGCGCGACCCGCUCGUGGACCCGGCCAUCGACCCGCGCUACCUCUCACACCCCCUCGACGAAGAGGUCCUAGCGCGCCACAUGCUGCACAUCGAGACCAUCGCGACGUCGCCGCCGCUGGCCCGCCUCCUGCAGCAGCCGCUGGCCCGCCGGGACCCGGCCUCGCACCUGGCCGCCGACCUGGACGCCGCCAAACGGUACCUGCGCGCCAAGAGCACGUCCAUGUGGCACCCCGCGGGCAGCUGCGCCAUGAUGCCGCGGGCGCUCGGCGGCGUGGUGGACGCGCGCCUGCGCGUGUAUGGGGUCUCCAACCUGCGGGUUGUGGAUUCGAGCGCUAUUCCCUUGAUCAGCACCGCUAACCUGCAGGCGACCGUGUAUGCGUUUGCAGAGCGGGCCGCGGAUCUGAUCAAGGAGACGUGGUGA